UAUAUAAAACCCUCAUAAUUAAUCAGCUUCAAAAUAGCCAAAACCACCACCUUUCACUUCACUCACAAAAAAACAUAGAAAGAUGGAGUUUGGGAAAAUGGGAAAUUUGCUUGAUCAAGAUCUGAAAAACAUUCUCUUGAUUACCAUUUCCUCCAUUGUUGUAAUCAAGCUCAUAUCUCUUCUAUUCAGAAAGCCUAAAAAUGCACCACCAGGGCCAAAAGGUCUACCCAUAAUAGGCCAUCUUCAUCUGAUGAAAAAACCAAUGCACAUAACUAUUCACCAGAUGGCCAAACAGUAUGGUGAGAUUUUCUCUUUGCGACUUGGGCAAAAACCAGUUGUUGUUCUUUCAUCUCCUAGAGCAAUCGAGGAAUGCCUUACCAAAAACGACGUUAUUUUCGCGUACCGUAACCAAACAGUUUCAGCUAAGCUGUUGAACUACAACUGUACCACCAUUGGUUUGGCUUCUUACGGCGAUUACUGGAGGAAUCUCCGGCGUAUCACGGCGCAGGAGAUCUUCUCGCAGAAUCGGAUCGCCAUGUUCGGAAACAUCCGACAGGAAGAAGUGCGUUAUUUCUUGGGCGCAUUGUUGGAAGAAUACAAUGAUGCCAAGAAGCCAGCUAAGGUGAUGUUGAGGCCCAAAUUUGCCCAUCUCACUCUCAACAUCAUGAUGAGGAUGAUUGCCGGAAAGCGAUACUACGGUAAAGAUGUGACCGAUGAUGAAGCAAAGCAGUUUCAACAAGUGAUCAGGGAGAUGCUUCACUUCCAUGGAGUUGUGAAUUUGGAAGAUUACAUUCCGGCCUUUAAGUUCCUUUUGUUUGAUGUCAAAGGUUUGAAGAAACAGAUGAAGGUCCUGAUGAACAAGAUUGAUAGUUUGCUUCAGAACUUAGUCAAUCAGCAUCACGUUCGUAAGGAUGGAUCAGGUCAGACUACUAAUGCAAACCAGGACAUCAAGAAGACUUUCAUGGAUAUUCUUCUUGCUUUGCAAGACAAAGAACCCGAUUUUCUCACUGACCAGACCAUCAAAGCUAUCACCCUGUCUCUUCUUGCUGGUGGAACUGAUACCACAACAUCUACUCUGGAGUGGGCAAUGUCACUUCUGCUUAACAACCCAGAAGCAAUGAAGAAAGCAGUGGAAGAAAUCGACACCGUUGUCGGAAAAGAUCGAUUGUUGGAAGAAACCGAUGUACCAAAACUGAACUACUUAAACAACAUCAUCAGUGAAACAUUAAGGUUGUACCCACCAAUUCCCCUGCUUCUACCCCACAAAUCAGUUGAAGACUGUACACUUUCUGGGUACGACAUACCAAAAGGGACCAUGAUGAUGUGCAGCUUAUGGACAAUUCAAAGGGAUCCAAACCUCUGGGACGAGCCAGAAAAAUUCAAGCCGGAGAGAUUCGACCAGAAAGACGGCGAGGGGUACAAGUUGCUCCCGUUCGGCGCCGGACGGCGGGCCUGUCCGGGAGCUAAUUUGGGGAAGAGGGUUGUGACGUUAGCAUUGGGAGCCAUGAUUCAGGGUUUUGAGUUUAGCAGGAUUGGUGAUGAGGAGGUGGAUAUGGAACAGGGUUCUGGUUUGACUAUGCCUAAGGCAAAUCCAUUGGAAGUCUUGUUUAAGCCUCGCCAGAUUACUGUUCAGAAUUUUGGUUCUCAGUAAGUCAUGCUUUGUAAUCUGUAUCUUGCAAUAUUUAUAAGCAUAUUGGAAUAAGUAAAGCUUACCAAAAGUUUGGAGAUUGAUCAGUAGUUUUGUAUACUUUGUUUCUUGAUAUCUAUUGUUCAUCAAGAAUGAAAUCUUGUUAUGGUCUGUAAUAUUGGUAAGAAAUAAUUAGUUAAGGCCAUUCAAGAAUGUAAUUCUCAAAGUGAUUAAAUUGAGGUUUCCAAAUUUGGCAUCGUAGUUGAUUUUUCGGCAUUGCGAUUUUGUUUAUGGUUAAGAAAUAUUCUGCUGUGG